GUGCUCAACGACAGGAAAAAAUGCGAUCCAGGACCUGCACCAUGGAGGGUCCAGAUGACGGACAGAUUCAGCCCACGAAACCUUUCAUCAAACAGGAGGAGAGGCAGGAGAACACAGAGCUGACGAAGAGGAAGAUGAAAGUCCAGCGAGAGGAGAAGGACGGGAGGACGGCGGUAUCAGACACACAGACACAGACACAGACACAGAAGAAACCUCAGAAACCGGCAGAGAUCAGGAAGGAGCUGUCCAAGAAAGACCUGAUUCACCUGCUGGGAGUCAUGGAAGGAGAAGUUCAGGCCAGAGAGGACAUCAUCGGCAUGCUGAAGACAGAGAAAACCAGACCGGAGACGUUUGAGGCUCAUUACGGCUCAGCUGUCCCCAUCAAAGCCCUGCAGGCCCUGCAGAGAGACAGCCUGCUCACCAACAGCAAAAGCGCCACAGACGACGUCUACGAGAGGCCCAUGGCCGAGCUCGACCGUCUGGAGGACAAACAGAAGGAGACGUACAGACGGAUGCUGGAGCAGCUGCUGCUAGCAGAGAAGUGUCACCGCCGCACCGUCAUGGAGCUGGACAACGAGAAACGCAAACACGUCGACUUCAUGAACAAGAGCGACGACUUCACCAACCUGCUGGAACAGGAGAGGGAGAGACUCAAAAGACUGCUGGAGCAGGAAAAGGCCUACCAGGCUCGUAAGGACAACGACCACAGCAAGCGGCUGGAGAAGGUCAGAGCAGAGCUGGUGAAGCUCAAGUCCUUUGCCCUGAUGUUGGUGGAUGAGCGGCAGCUGCACAUUGAGCAGAUCGACCAGCAGACCCAGAAGGUCCAGGACCUCAGUCAGAAGCUGCAGGAGAAAGAGCAGCGGCUGGUGGCAGUCAACAGCACAGCAAAGGAGGACAGCCAGAAGGUCCUCAAGCUGGAGGCGGAGCUGGAACACAAAGUGGCGAAGUUCACACAGGAGCACGACGAUAUGACCACCAAACUGGCUGACCAAGAGUCCCAAAGCCGCCAGCUCAGACUGAAGCUGGCCGGACUGGCACACAAAAUUGAAGAGUUGGAAGAGAAUAACAAGGGGCUACAGAAAUCAGACGAAGACCUGCAGGAGCUGAGGGAGAAGAUCAGCAAAGGGGAGUGUGGGAACUCGUCUCUCAUGGCCGAGCUGGAGAAUCUGCGGAAAAGAGUGCUGGAGAUGGAGGGCAAAGAUGUGGAGAUAACCAAAACAGAGACACAGUGCAGGGAUCUGAAGAAGAGGCUGCAGGAGGAGGAGAACCACAGCAAAGAGCUGAGACUGGAGGUGGACAAACUGCAGAAAAGAAUGGCUGAACUAGAAAAGCUUGAGGGUGCUUUCAAUAGAAGCAAAACAGAGUGCUCUCAGCUUCAUACUAACCUGGAAAAGGAGAAACGUAUUAUGAAGGAUCUGGCAGGUGACCUAGAGGCAGUAAAAAUACGACUGAAGGAACUAGAGUCCUCGGAGUUAAAGUUUGAAAAGGUAGAGAUGGUCCUGAAAGAUGAUCUUAUGAAGCUGAAGUCCUUCACAGUUAUACUGGUAGACGAAAGAAAAAACAUGGCGGAGAGACUUAAACAGGAGGAACAGAAAAGUGACGAUUUAAGUAAGAUGUUCAAAGCAGAGCAAGGCAAGGUUACAGAUGUCACAGAAAAGCUUAUAGAGGAGAGCAAGAAACUUCUCAAAUUCAAAUCUGAGAUGGAGGUCAAAGUAACAACUUUAACCAAAGAGAAAGAUGACUUGAAAACUAAACUUGCAAGUGAGGAGGAAAAGUGUAAGGAGCUGAAUACAAAGUUACGUGGAAUGAAAAUAAGACUGGAUGGAAUAGAUGAGGCAGAGAGGAAGCGUGCUAAUAAAGAAGAAAACAGAAAUCCAGAUGAGGAUAACAAAGUAAAAGAACUAACGCUAGAAAUCGAAAGACUCAAAAGCAGGCUCAAACAACUCGAAGUGGUCGAAGGGGAUUUAAUGAAAACGGAGGACGAGUAUGAUCUACUGGAGAAGAAAUUCAGGACAGAGCAGGACAAAGCAAACACCCUUUCCAAGCUAGUGGAGGAAAUGAAAAGUCAAAUUGCCAGGAACAAAGCAAUAGAGAAAGGUGAAGUCGUGAGUCCGGAGGCCGAGCUGAGAAUGCGCUGCAAGAUGGAAGAAGCCAAAAGCAGAGAGCUGCGGGUGGACGUCCAUGCCCUGAAGGAGAAAAUCCAUGAGCUGAUGAACAAGGAGGACCGGCUCUCCCAGCUGCAGGUGGAUUAUUCUGUCCUCCAGCAGAGGUUCAUCGAGGAGGAGGAGAAAAAGAAGAGAUUGAGUCAAGAAGUGGCUAACCUUACCAAGGAACUAGAAGCUUCCAAGCGAUACAGUCGAGCCAUGAGGCCGAGUGUUAACGGUAGAAGGAUGGUGGAUGUUCCUGUUACCUCCAAAGCAGUGCAGACAGAUGCUGUGGCUAAUGAGCCCGCUGAGGAUGACACAGCGGCAGGGUUUAUCCGGAAAUCAGUCCUCGAGGAGAACCACCUAAUGAGCAAUCUGAGACAGCGAGGGCUUAAAAAGCCGGCAGUUCUGGAGCGGUACCCUCCGGCAUCGGCAGAAGUUGCUGCGAGAAAAUCCUGGAUACCCUGGAUGAAAAAGAAAGAUGGCAUCACAGUCACUCAGGUCACUCCUGAGAAGACGUUGGUCCAUCCACCAGAGAUGACCAUGACUCCAAAGCCAGGUCAGCCGCUGCACAUCCGUGUGACGCCUGAUCAUGAGAACAGCACGGCCACUUUGGAGAUCACCAGCCCUCGAGCUGAGGAUUUCUUCUCCAGCACCACCAUCAUCCCGACUCUCGGACUUCAAAAACCUCGCAUCACAAUUGUCCCUCAGCCCACAACCGUGACUUCAAAAACCAAAGCCGGUGAUAUGUCAGGAGGCCUUGAUCGAGCCAAAUCUCCAGUGACAAUAACCACCAUCUCCAGAGCCAAGAGUCCAGAGAAGACUAACGGCAGCAACUCUGACAGCCUUCAGUCGCCAGUGUCCAUCAUCACAGUCAGCACCACUCCUGUGGCUGAAGCAUGUGCUUCAUCUGACCCUCAUGAAAUCAGUGCGGGGCGCACAGUGAUCAAGAUGUCACCGGAGAAGCAACUUGGGUCUCCGCCUGUCAGGAAAUAUAACGGCAACAGCAACAUCAUCACGACAGAGGACAACAAGAUACACAUCCACCUGGGUCCGCAGUUUAAGAGGCCCUCUGAGGGAUGCAGUAGUCCUUUGUUGACGCUGAAGCCUCUUGGUCUGAGCUCAGAAAGCAGAGAAAUGCAGACGGGAACAGUGCUUCGUUCCCCACGGCAACACUCGACGGGGAAGACGACUACGAGCAAAAUGACAAGCAGCAUAACAAUCACACCUGUCAGCUCAGCAGCCUCCAGGCCAACACAGUCUGUGCCCAGUGCGGAUGUGCAAUCAGCUCGUAGCGCAGCCACACGGAUCCCUGUUUCAAAAGGUAUGAAACCGAGCAGCAAGGCGGUUCUGGGUGUCUCCACGGUGACGAGGUUAGAUUCGCGGGCCGAGGGCCAGUCGAUGAAAAUCGAGCUGAGGAAGGCGACGGUGUGCGGCUCUGCCUUCGGGGCGGCAGGCAAGAGCUGAGGGGGCUGAAACAAGCCGCCAUGGCAACGACUCAUGAUUGAGUUACUGCUGCCAAUUAUGCCUUAAAGGCCACAUCAGUGCACUUACAACACUUGGACACUUAUUUCAUUCAGAUCUUCAAUUUGCAUCUUUUCAUACUUUCAGAAAAUAUGAUAUGUAAUUAGAAAGCCAGGCUGUUACAGUUUCCAUGAAGCAUCUCUUUGCAUGUGACAGCGCUGCUUAUGUUGAGUGUGUUUGAUUAACUCUAGGUGAUCAUUUGCUCUAGACUUAUUUUUAUUUUUUUUAAUCUCGUCCUUCACAUUUUUUUUUCACAGCAUGGGUUUAUUUCACCACUGCUUAAGGAGGUUUCCAGUCACUGUGAAUUGUUUU